UGUGUGUGUGAGUGUGUGAAGGUGAGGCGGGUUGUGUGUGUGUGUUGAGUGUGAGUGCGUGUUGUUGUUGUUGAAUGUGAUCUUCCCGAGCAGGGUGGCCACCCCACCCGCGAGAGCCGGGCCGGGCCAUGUCUUCUGCUUCUCCGGAAGGGGACAGCGCGCUGGAAGAGCUGCUGUCGGGGAAGGCGAGGCGGGACGAGAGCGGGGCGUCCGCACCUCCGGCUCUCCUCCUUCCCUUUGCGAGGAAAGAGGAGGAGGAAGAGGAGGAGGAAGAGGAAAGUGCGGGUGAAGCGGCGGCGCUGAUGCUGCUGGAGCGGGAGCCUUCCUCCUCUCCUCCGGCGCUGCUCCCCUCUUCCUCCUCUUCGUCCUCCUCCUCUUCUUCCUCGACGUCGUCCCCUCGGGCGGUGCUGUCUCUGUCCCCGGAGCACGUGGCGUGCGUGUGCGAGGCGCUGCAGCAGGGCGGGCAGCUGGACCGGCUGGCGCGCUUCCUGUGGUCUCUGCCGGAGCGGGAGCUGCUGCGCGGGCACGAGAGCCUGCUCCGGGCGCGCGCCCUGGUGGCCUUCCACCGCGGCCUCUUCGCCGAGCUGUACGCGCUGCUGGAGGGACACAGCUUCGGGGCCGGGAGCCACGCGCUGCUCCAGGAGCUGUGGUACAAGGCGCGCUACCGAGAGGCCGAGCGCCUCCGGGGACGGCCCUUGGGCGCCGUCGACAAGUACCGGCUCCGGAGGAAGUUCCCGCUCCCGCGCACCAUCUGGGACGGAGAGGAGACCGUCUACUGCUUCAAGGAGCGCUCCCGCGCCGCCCUCAAGGAGCUCUACCGGCAGAACCGCUACCCCUCGCCCGCCGAGAAGAGGCACCUGGCCAAGGCCACCGGGCUCUCCCUCACCCAGGUCAGCAACUGGUUCAAGAACCGGCGCCAGAGGGACCGCAACCCCGCCGCCAACGGACCCGCCGCCUCCUCCUCCGCCGCCGCCGAAGGACUCGCCAAGAGUGAGUCAGAUGGCAACCCCAGCACAGAAGAUGAGUCCAGCAAGGGCCAAGAGGACUUAUCUCCGCAUUCUCUGGUCGGCACUUCAGACGGCACCGCCGGCUUAACCCUUCCUAGCCAUAUGGAGCCAGUCUACAUGCAACAGCUUGGAAACUCCAAAAUAUCUUUAAGCCCUUCAGGAGUCUUGUUGAAUGGAAACUUGGUGCCUUCCAGUCCUUCUCCUGUUUUUCUUAAUGGCACGUCUUUCAUCCAGGGACCCAACGGUGUCCUCCUCAAUGGGCUUAAUGUGGGGACCUCGCAGGCAUUGUCAUCCGCUUCACCCAAAACAUCCCCAAAUGAAUUGAGCAAUGGUGUUUCCAUGACGGACAUCUUAGCCCCUUCUCCGGAAGACGUGAAAGACUUCAAAAUCCUCCAGACUUCCUUGGCCAACUCAAUCGCCUCAUCUUCAUCGUCAACGACAACAACCUACAGCCCCAGUUCUGUCCCUAUCUCUUUCCCAGGAUUGAUACCCAGCAUGGAGGUGAAACGGGAAGAAAGUGAAGAAGCCAUAGCUCCACAAGACAGCAGUUCUGUGGUUACUUUUUCGGCUCCUGUCCAAAUAAACCAAUAUGGUGUUGUUCAACUCCCUAAUUUGGCAACCGGUGGUCAGCUCCUUAAUGGAGGCAUCAGUUUUUCUCCAGUGCAACUGCCAUCGGUUUCAGUACCAACCUCCCAAGGCAAUAUUUCCUUAAACCAAAGCACACCCAGCAGUGGCACCUUUACAAGUGACUCUACAACUGCCCAACAAGGGAAAGUGUUUUUCAGCUCACUUGCUCCCAGCACGGUGCUGUACACGGUCCCGAAUUCGAGCCAGGCCAUCGGACCAGUCAAACAAGAAGAACUGGAAGCCAGCUUGGUGUUUUCUCAAGUGAUGCCUCUUGGCCAAAACUCCCAGCUCCCUGUUAGCCUUCCACCUUCAGACAGUCUUUCUGGUGGAGGUCUUCAGACGGGCGGCACCUCCUUAGUUAAUGUGACUCUGCCACCGAACUUCUCCUUGGGACCUCCUUCUCUUUUGAGUGCGGAGGAACUCAACUCGGUAGUGUCGGAGAGUUUGCCCAUUUCAGCUCCUGCAACAAGUGGGACGACUGUGGUUUCUGUUGGCAAUGCCAACUACACGACACUCCAGAACUGUUCUCUCCUGCCCAGCCAGGAUCUGAUGCCCCUUUCCCCCAUGCAGCCGACGUUAGGAGGGCUCGGCCUGGCCAGUAGCAAUCACGUCGGACCUCACCCUUCCGUGCAAGUUCACCCCCAUUUUACACGAGAGCAGCGGUUAAUCCUGCAGUCCAUCUCCAACCUCAAGGAAAACUUCUUACCCGAUCCUGAUAGCAAAUCGGUUAGCGGCUCCAUGAUGCUGGAUUCGAAAACCAAAUACAUCAUGAGUAACAUGGUUGACGCCAUCUGCGAGGAGCUGGAGGCAGACAAAAAACAGCUGGCCAAGCUCCAGACUGUAGAGAUGGAUGAAGAUAUGCAAGAUUUGUAAACUAACGAGCCCCAAACGACAAUGACACUUGUUUGAUUUGCUUUUUCCCCACAAGGGCCCUGGCUUCUCAUGCAGGGUCUAGAAGCACAGAGUGUUGUUUUUCUUAUCUAAUCAAAAAUAUACACAUUAGACAUUUUUCCUCCCCCCAAAAAAGCUUACUUGAAGGGUCCACUUUAGAUAAGUGGGCAUCUCCAUUAGGAAUUGGGGGGAGGGGGUUGCCAUGUGUUGUUUGCAUGAAAUCACACUUUUGUGACACCGGCUUUAGAGGAACUCGUAAUAUGGAAGUAUCACUCAGACAAAGUAUGGUCUGCUGCAGGAUGGAUUGACUUACAACUAUUAUCCAAAUAGUUUCAUUAGAUCUGCAACACUUCAAUGUAUUUUCUAAAAAAUAUAUCCUCUGAAAUAUUAAAUAGGAACAAUAAUCAUCUUUCUAAAGAAAAGAUUGGGGAAGAAACUCUUGCUUUUUCAGUCUGGAAGUAAGUUUACUUGUAGACCAUGGGCAUUGACAGAGAUGGACUUUCUUUUUGGUUUUGGUUUUAAUUACUAUCCUAGAUGAUACCUCACUAUCUACUGUUACCUUCUUGGUUGAGGUAGAAAGCAAGCACAAUCGCAACUAACACAUUUUUUCCCUCAAUUUCUCCCUCUAUGUAUGUUUUCCAGAAGCAUUUAAAUGUUCUACCCUCACAAUGUUUGGAGUUUCUGAAAUGUUACAACUCUUUCUAAGGUUUUAGAGUCAGUGGAGUGGCAGAAGUAGUCAGGGGGGCUCUUUUAGGACUUGGAAUUGUGCAACCCAGAAUAUUUUGCUUUGUGUAUAAAUUGCUCGAAAGGGAACUCAAGUUUUUAUUGGUAUCAUAAGUUCCGUUUAUAGUUGUUGAUGUCCCUUUAUCAUUUUUGAAGUGUUGGAAAAGUCCAGUUUUUCUGAUGGCUUAAUUUAUUGUGUGUGUGUGCGUGCCACCUCACCCCUUUGGUAGAGGUUCAAGAACUGAAUUUUGGGUAAUUUAGAGUCUGGACAAACUGGUACUUAUGCUUGAUGCUAGAAUAUGAACAAAUGCAUUUUGGAGAUUCUUUGAUAUUUUCCUCCACUCUCUAUAGAGCUGCGCUUUCUGUUUUGGUUUUGACUAAUGUUACAAUAUUUAUGUUGUUGUUUUUUUAAAUCCCACAGUGCCUUUUUCCCUCGUGGCCUUAUGUCCUUGCUAUGACAAGCACAGUUAACAUGAAUUGAAAUAUCUCCUCUGCAACCAAAAGCAUUUGAACUUGAUUCCUAAA